AUGUCAAACCCAACAAUGAACUCUAGCAGCGGCAACAGCAAUGGGAGUGGCAACACCAAUCCAUUAAGCAAUAUCGGUACACCGUCAUUUUCACUUUCUCAGGUACCGCAGCAUAUAUUGCAGUCUCUAACUCCGGCCCAAUUGCAAAUGAUUCAACAGAAACAUCAGCAGUUAUUGUUGCAGCGCCAAAGACAAUCUCAACAGAUGCAACAGGAGCAGGUUUCUUCUCCGGGGAAUAUGAAUCAGUUGGAUGCCACCCAGAGAGCGCAGUUGAUGAAGCUUAAACAGCAGCAGAUGCAACGGUCUCAACUACAGGCUCAACAACAGGCUCAACUACAGGCACAGCAGCAAGCCCAACAACAACAACAACAACAACAACAACAACAACAACAGCAGCAGCAGCAACAACAUACUCCACAACAAGUCCCUCAACAACAACAAGCACCUCCUCAACGGACGUCGCUCAAUCUUCCACCACAAAUUGCUCAGCUUUCACCAGCUCUUCAGAUGCAAUGGCUUCAGUCGAUUAAACAACAAGCGAUCGCAAGGAACAACCAAAACGCAUUGAUGAUGAUAACCCAACUUGAACUAAAGUUACAGCAGCAACAACAACAAGCACAACGGCAACAAGGGGCACAAGAAUCGCAGCAGGCUCAAAGACAACCACAACCACAACCACAACGUCAAGCUCAGACUCAGGCUCAGACUCAAGCUCAGGCUCAGGCCCAGGCCCAGGCCCAGGCUCAAGCUCGGGCUCAAGCUCGGGCGCAAGCUCAAGCUCAAGCUCAAGCUCAAGCUCAAGCACAAGCCCGAGCCCAAGCACAAGCACAAGCCCAAGCACAAGCCCAAGCGCAAGCCCAAGCACAAGCACAAGCGCAAGCCCAAGCACAAGCCCAAGCGCAAGCCCAAGCGCAAGCUCAGCGUCAAUCCCAACACUCACCAAAUAAUCCUGCUAUGUCACCCAAUCAGCAAUAUCAAGCCCAAAUACAGAAGCCUAAUGUACCGGUUCAACAACGUCAAAGGCCUUCAGCCGAGCCAGUUAUCCAAAGUAUGGCCGGAAUGCAGACAACCCAACACCAUUCUCCGCCAGUCCAAAUGCAUCCUUCACAGGCGUCCCCGCCUCAAGCAUCACCUCCACAACAAUCGCCUCCUCAGCAACCACCACAACCUUCCCAAGCAACACUUCUACAACAAGUACUAAGGCAAUUUCAAAAGCAACUACCGGAGAUACCGAAGUUCCAAACUAUCUUACAGGAUCCACCAGAGACGCGUUUACCACACACAAGAUUCUGGUCGGAGAAGGAGGGCAAGAGUUUCGAUACUUCUCUAUAUGAACAUGUGAUAGAACGCGAUCUCAUAGAUAAGGACCAUCAUCUUGCUGAUACUAAUGGCCUGGAACCCAUAUCUAAAUUUGGAUUUAGUCAAAGAGAGAUUAUGUUGAGAUUACAACAGGACCUUGAAUACUACAAAGAAUUGAAAAACAGUAGAAUGCAAUCCAUUACAAAUACAACGCAGGGACACAAGUCUAAGAGUAUUUGGGGAGAUGGUUAUUCUGGAUACGGUAAUGGAUUUAGCAAUGAUAUGACUAGGAUUCAAGUGAAUGACACCAAUGAAAUCCACUUGGACGAGAUCCACGAGUGGACUGCAAACCAGGACAGUGAGGAGCUAGUUCCAAUUAGAUUGGAAUUUGAUGCUGAAAAGGAUAAAUUUACCUUUAGAGACACUUUCAUCUGGAACAGAAUGGACACGCUUGUUUCGAUUCGGGAAUUUGUCCAAACUACACUCAAGGACUACAAGAUAGCUUCCAAUCCGGAAAUGACGCAGCAUAUCGUAAACAGCAUCACGGAACAGCUUCAAGAAUUUAAUAGGAAUCCAUUUGAGAACGUUCCACGGUAUGGUGGCGAUGAUUUGAGAAUAAAGAUAAAUUUAGACAUCGUUGUUGGCCAGCACCAGCUAUUGGACACUAUCGAGUGGGACAUCUCGAACCCCGAGAACAAUCCCGAAUCAUUUGCGGAAUGCCUUUGCGCAGAGCUUUCUCUCCCUGGAGAGUUUUUAACCGCCAUUGCUCAUUCCAUAAGAGAGCAAGUGCACAUGUACCACAAGUCUCUCAACAUGGUGGGGUACAAGUUCGACGGCAGCACAGUGGAGGAAGACGAUAUCAGAACAAGGUUGCUCCCAGUUAUCACACUUGGUGAAGUCAUGAGACCCCAAAAGGACACUCUGAUGUACACUCCUAACUUGAUUCAGAUCUCCCCUGCAGAGUUGGAACGUCUAGUGAAGGACAAAGAUAGAGACACCAGAAGAAAACGUAGACAAGUUCGUUUCAACAGAAGAGGUAACGCUACAGAUAACCACCCUUCUACCGGAGGAACCCCACAGCUACCACACGACGCAGAAUUGCCAGACCUUGGCGAUAUCCCCAAGACGUACCGUCAAUUAUUACCCUCAACCACCCUACCCGGAGGUAUUGACUUUGGACCCAGCACACUAUCUUUCCAUCCUUCAACAAGGGUAGAGUACAUAGAAAGACCCAAACCGGUAAUUCAUGCGGAUCUCCCACAGGAACCAGGAAAAUCUCCUGCAUGCAGAAUUAUAACACAUGAUUAUGGCAAUUCGUUACUUGUUUCCAUCAAAUUGCCCGUUCGAAAGGUUCCCGAGUAA